GCGCCUGCGCAGCCUGCCUUAAGGAGCGAACUUUCAGGCCAGCUGUUGGAAUCGCUCCAGUUCGCUGUGUGCGGCCGGGGAGCGCAGUGGGGAGGGCUGCAGAACACCCAUGUCUUGCUCUAUCAUAGCUCAUGGCCUGCAGAGCCAGGGAAAGAAAAUGGCUGUGGUGGAGCCAGUAACCUUCGAGGAGGUGGCUGUGUAUUUCUCAGAGGAGGAAUGGGCUCUGUUGGACCCGGGCCAGAGAGCCCUCUACAGGGAUGUGAUGCAGGAGAAUUAUGAGGCUGUGAGCUGGCUGGCAGGAUUUCCAGUCUCCAAAGCUUAUGUGAUCUCCUGGGUGGAGCGAGGGGAGAAGCGGUGGAUCCCAGAUCUCCAAAUCUGUGAAGAAGGGGAGAUCAUCAGCGACACCCACACAGGUGAUGGAUCACUG